AUGACUUCGAAAGCCAGCGAUAAACAGGAGAGUCAGUUCUGUGGAGAGUCCGUUCUGUGGAGAGUCCGCUCUGUGGAGAGUCCGCUCUGUGGAGAGUCCGCUCUGUGGAGAGUCCGCUCUGUGGAGAGUCCGCUCUGUGGAGAGUCCGCUCUGUGGAGAGUCCGCUCUGUGGAGAGUCCGCUCUGUGGAGAGUCCGCUCUGUGGAGAGUCCGCUCUGUGGAGAGUCCGCUCUGUGGAGAGUCAGCUCUGUGGAGAGUCAGCUCUGUGGAGAGUCAGCUCUGUGUGUGA